AUGGUAACUGUUGCAACAGUGAAGGAGUAUAUUUACCUGGGACAGGACAAAUUGGAAGAGAAGCUGCCAAACCUGCAAGAACCAGAUGACAAGGUUCUCUCUGGCAUCAAAGAGCUGGUGGCACCCAGCGUGACUGGUGCCGAAGAUGCUGCAAUCGGAGUGGCGGAGUUGGAGGCAGCCAGGGAGGUUGUUCAGAGAGUUCUGGAGUCUGCUAGGUCCAUGGUGACCAACCAGGGCACAGCAGUGGAUUGCAGGCCAGGCAAGGUCGCUAACAGAAGCGUGGAAGCUGUUCCAGGAAAAUCGGAUCACUAUUUCCCCAUCACAGAUAAAGAACUAGCUGACCUUGUGGUCUCUGUGGAGGAGACUGAAGGGGCAGCUGUCCAGCAGCAGUUAGAGCAUCAGGGUUAUUUCAUACAACUGGGCUCCUUGCCCACUCAUCUGCAUCAAAAAGCCUACCAAUGCUUCUUAGCCAAAGCAAGGCGGAUCAAGAUGGUCAUGCAGGAGACUUUCUCACAGUUGCAGGAGGUCAUCGAGCUGAUUGAUUGUGUCAAGCAGGGUAUUGAUCAGAAGCUUCUAAAGGGGCAGGAGAAGCUGCACCAGAUGUGGCUGACCUGGAACAAGAAGCAGCCAAAAGAGAGUGAGGACACAACUUCCUUGGAGCUGAAGCGGCUGGAGGUCCAGAUUCUGGCCAUGUCUCAUGACAUAACCCAGCAACUGCAGCACACUCUCCAAACUCUGCUGACCAACAUCCAAGGCUUCCCAUCCAGCAUCCAGGACAAGAUGCAGCAGGUCCAGCAGGACUUACAAGAGGCCCACAACUUCUUCCAGGCUGCUGCUUCUUUCCAAGACCUGUCCAGGAACAUCCUGACCCAGAAACACCAUUUAAUGAACACAGCCCAGGAGUGCAUGGAUGAACUGCUGGAGUAUGUGGAACAUAAUAUGCCUCUUGCCUGGUUGGUGGGACCUUUCACAUCAUCUUCUAGAGCCUCUGUAGGAUCACAAGAAGGGACAAAAGAGAAGGAAGAUGAGGGGAAUAAGUCCUCUAAUACCUAA